AAACUAAAGUAUUCACAUGAUUUUAACAUUACUUAUAUGAGGUCUUUAGCUGUACAUCUAACUCCUGAUAAUUUAUUCCUAAACAACAAGUAAUCUGAGAAUAUUCAAUGCAAGUUGUAAGUUAAAAGUUGCAUUCUUUACUCUCAUACUUAUUUAAAGUUCCAUCGGAAAUAAUGUGAUAAAACAACUAGUAUCACAAAAUGGAUGACACAGCAAGGAAAACGAGACGCGUGUCUUCAGAGCAACGAGAAGCGAUGCUAAAGUAUCUGAAAGAGCAUCCAAAACUGCUGAAAGGCCGGGGGACACCUCAAGCCUUCAGACAGAAGCACAAUUCGUGGACAGAGCUCGCUAAAAUACUCAAUAAUAUGGGCUCUGGCGCUAAGAAAACUCCUGAUCGCUGGGUUAAGUCGUUCCAAGACUGGAAGUGUGACCUGAAGAGCAAGCAGCCGCGGCGGGCGCCCGGCGCCCUCGAGCGCGCGCUGCUGGCGCUCAUCAGGAGUGAGGAGGGGGAGGACCCGCUUGAGUCCACACACGACGACUCGUCACCGGAAGCGGAUCCCGUGGAAUUGAAGGCGGAACCCGCCGAGCAGUCGGACUCGAGCAGCCAGCGCUCAACCCCCGAGCCACCGGCGCAGAGGUUGAAACGGAAGAAGAAUAGUGACGAUGAUAAGGAAGACCGUGCUAUCCUGGCGAUGGAGCAGCAAGCCUCGAGCCUCCACCGCAUGGCCACAGCUAUCGAGAGAAUAGCUGAUGCCGUCACCUUGGCCAUUGAAAGGCUUACAAAUGGAAAUAACAAUAGACAAUUUGUGUAAAAAGUGUACAUAAGAUUAUUUUAAUAUUAUAAGCUACUUUGUACUAAAGAAACUAUGCUUACUACAGUGUUCAUAUAAUUUGAUCUUUGGAUAGUCUAAGAAAAAUGAAAAAUAAAUACUCCUUAUAUUGUUUAAA